ACAAAAAGAAGUUAACAGCAUAUUUUUGCCAUACCCCGUCACGGCCAUCGUUGCACCGUUAGGAGUAUUUUGUAGUCGCACCGUCCUUUUUGUUUUACUCCAUUCUCUACCCAACGGGGCCGGGGGUGAACGCUGUUGAUACCGACGGUUUGUUGUCCGGUGUGGGUUAGUCCGUCUCUCGACCAUCGGCUUUCCCGAGCUUUAGAGGAAACGAAGUGGGAGGUGCACGAUUUCUUUUGGGUAUCGAUCGCGUGAUAGCGCUUAGGACAGGCGUGCCAUUGACACCCAUCUGUUUUGGGUACGAGCGCAUAAACAAUCAGUUCACGCAACCCGCAAGAGAAACCUGUUCGACGCAGCCUACAAAGUAGCCUCCAAAGCUCGGCUCCAAAGUCGCAACACAAAGAUGAGCGAUGCAGCAAGCAAGGAUGAUGGAACCCCUGAAGUGACCGCUUCUGGUGAAACCGUGCCGGCAGUCGGUAAAGGCAAAAAGAAGCAACACCUGCAACAGGGAGCCAAGGCGAAGUCCGGCGCUGACAGUGAAGAGACGGGGCCGCUUGCAACGAACGGAGAAGUUUCAACAGCCAGCGGGACGGACGAACAUGCCGCCAGCGAACCGAGCUCCAAGUCCAAGCAAAAGAAGAAAAAGAAGAACAAAUCCCAAAAUGACCAAAGCAAGGAAGAACAGGUGAAUGGUGAACCUGAGCCAUUGGCGAGCGAGGACGGUAACGGUGCGAGCGGCAGUAAACACACUGCCGGGCCAGGGGAAGGUGAAUCUGGCGAAGAAGCGAGCGGGAGUGGCUUUACGAUGAACAACGAUCCGGUCGAUAUGCUGAUGAACGUGCGGGACGUGCUCGAGCGGCUGAAGCUUAACUCGGGCAUGCUGAAACCGGCCAAGACGCCCGAGGAGGCGCUACAUAAAUCGUUCAAAUUCUGGUCCACUCAACCGGUGCCGCGGAUGGACGAAAAGAUUAUCACGAACGAGCCGAUCGAGGAGGACAAACAGUUGAGCGAGAUCCGUCAGGAAUCGUACGCUUUGCCGGAUGGGUUUGUGUGGGACACGAUGAAUUUGGACGACCCGUUGCAACUGAAAGAGCUGUACACGCUGCUGAACGAGAAUUACGUCGAAGAUGACGACGCCAUGUUUCGGUUUGACUAUCAGCCGGAGUUUUUGCAGUGGGCACUGCAACCGCCCGGAUGGAAGCGCGACUGGCACUGCGGAGUACGCGUGGUCAAGUCGGGACGGUUAGUUGGCUUUAUUUCCGCCAUUCCCGGUUCGCUGAACGUGCAUAAGAAAGAGCAACGCAUGGUGGAGAUCAACUUCCUGUGCGUGCACAAGAAGCUGCGAUCGAAACGACUGGCGCCCGUGCUGAUCCGAGAGAUCACGCGCCGUGUCAAUCUGACUGGUAUCUUUCAGGCAGUCUACACGGCGGGCGUUGUGCUGCCGAAACCGGUAUCCUCUUGCCGUUACUGGCACCGUUCGUUGAACCCGAAGAAGCUGAUCGAGGUGAAGUUUUCGUACCUCUCCCGAAACAUGACGAUGCAGCGAACGAUCAAACUCUACAAACUGCCCGACCAACCGAAGACGCCCGGUUUCCGGAAGUUGGUCGAGGCGGACCUGCCAGGCAUACAUCGGUUGCUGAAAUUGUACCUCGAGCGCUUCAAUCUUACACCGGUGUUUGAUGAAAUCGAGAUGCGCCACUGGUUUCUGCCCCAAAAUGGCAUUAUCGAUUGCUUCGUGGUAGAGGAUCCGGCCACCGGCACGAUUACAGAUAUGGUCAGCUAUUACACGCUUCCGUCGACCGUUAUGCACCACGCAGUGCACAAGUGCGUGAAGGCCGCGUAUAGCUUCUACAACGUGUCCACCAAGACGCCGUGGCUCGAGCUGAUGAACGAUGGUUUGAUUUCGGCCAAAAAUCUUGGCUUCGAUGUAUUCAACGCGCUCGAUCUGAUGGACAACAAGCAGUUCCUGGUGCCGCUCAAGUUCGGCAUCGGAGACGGUAAUCUGCAGUACUAUCUCUACAACUGGCGCUGCCCAAACUUGCAACCGGAGGAUGUCGGUUUGAUACUGCUCUAAGCGCUUGCAAUACCAUCAUGCACCGCCCGGCCAAAGGUUUUGAUUCACGAAUCCCACGUUUUACCCCAGGAUCGAACUAAAGCUCGCCACAAAAUAUUACUUCUAUCAUUUUUCACGCCUUUUGGAAAGGUUGGUCACGCGCGUGCGCGUGUGUGUUUGAUACGUUAUGUUUGCUCGUUCAAAAGGACGCAUUGAUCGCUUGCUUAAGGAAGGAUGGUUCAAGCCGUCAUAUCAGAUCCUCAUGGCAACCGGUUACAGGUGUAUUUAACGAAUUAUGUUUGGUUCACGAUCACGCAAUGUUGCAGCGGUUCGCAACGCAAGUCACACUUUACGUUCACUAAUCGCAAGGAAAGCGUUCCGACGCGCGGGUACGGGAAGUUUAGUCGUUUUUUUAUUAUUCAUUGUAUAGUUCUUCUCGUGAAAGCAACACUUGCAUCGAGUACAGAGUACAGCACUAACGAUGUAUCGUCGAUGGAAUGGAAGAAACAGCAUAACGGCACUAUAGUAGGCAUAUUCCGUUAAAUGGUCGCCGCAGAUAAAAAAAACGCAGUAAAUAAAAGAAAGUAUAUAAAAAGUAGUUGUGUGCAGAUCUUGGUGACAAUAGUUGGACAAUCCGAAGUCCAGGCGGAAUACGGUGCGACCAUCGCAACGCAAUAGUAAAAUGUACACGACUAGGACCGGUUUGCUGAGGCAGGAAACAGUCCCUCCGGGCACAGUGAUUGUUCCAAGUUUUUUCAGGCAAUAAAGCCUGAGAGCGAUUAUGUUUGAGAAUCGAGUUUUAUUUGUUUCCCGUCGCAAGAAAUGUUCGCAAGUUUGGUUAUCAGCCACGCGUUGGGAGUGGCGUUCAAUUGA